GCAGGCGGUGGUGGUGCUCGCCGUGUGUUGCAACCCCUGCAGGUUCUGUCCAGACCACAUUGUCUCCAAACUGGAACACGCCUCUUUUGCCGCGGCUCCUCCUUUACCGGACUUUUGGCCAACGGAUGCUCCGCUUUGGACCAAUAUUUCCGCCCAGUAUUGAUCGGCGGGGGGCGGCGGGCCAAUGGGCGGGUGUGCUGGCCACCUCGCUCCGCCCACAACAAUGGCCAGGCCUGCUGGGUUGCCGAUGGCCAGGGUACAAGUGUGUGUGAUUAUUGAAUUAAGCUUAUCAUUUGAUUUCUCGGCGUGGUGGUGAGCACACGGCACUAAGACACCGCCACUAAUAUCAUCACUAAUAAUUUGAUAUCAUCUGUAAUAAUUUGAUAGGCGCGCUGAUUCAAUUAGGCGAGUGACUUGAGGAGUUGCAUUAAUAACACAAUUAGAAGCGGCCCGCCACCACCUUCUCACCUGAGGACUGUCCGCGUGGUCGCUGGCGGCGGUGUGGUCGGCGGCCUCCGAGUUCUGCUGAAGGUGCAGUAGCUCGCCGCCAGGAUGGACUACGCCUAUCUCAACCAGGCGGCGGCGGCGGGGUUCGAGGCCUCGUCAUGCAGCCUGGGCGGCACGCUGGGCGGCUCCAUGGACUCCAGCCACGCGCCCUACACCUACGGCGACCUCACCUCCUGCUCCCAGAUGCCCUCCGCCUACCGCUACACGGGCGCCGGCAUGAGGGGCUAUAACACCGGCGUGGGAGUGGGCGUGGGCGUGGGGUCCCAGCAGUGUGGCGUGAUGGGGCGCCCGCAGGACCACCGCGCCAUGUUCCCCGCCUCUGUCACGCCCGUCAACCUGCAGACCUCCUCUCCAAGCAGCUCGUGGCUACAAGCUGGCCUGGGCUACAAGAUGUACGGGCCUCAUGACGGAGUGUUGAGCGAGAAGCGGAAACAACGCCGCAUUCGAACCACCUUCACUUCGGCUCAACUGAAGGAGCUGGAGAGAGCCUUCCAGGAGACGCACUACCCAGACAUCUACACUCGGGAGGAGAUUGCUAUGAAGAUUGACCUAACGGAGGCGCGGGUGCAGGUGUGGUUCCAAAACCGUCGCGCCAAGUUCCGUAAGCAGGAGCGACUGGCGCAGCAGAAGGCACAGCAGCAGCAACAACAGCAACAGCAACAGCAACAGUCCUCCACGGCCGCCAACAACAACAAUAACGAGAACAGCAACGGAUCCAGCACCAGCGCCACCACCAGCGGAAGUCCUGGCUCUGGGGGCAAGGGUGAGAGCAAGACAGGAGGCAACUCGACAGGUGGAGGAGGUAGCGGCGUGGGCUCCUCCUCUACCCCCUCCAAGGCUCUCCAUCAGCCAGUCUCCAACAUGCCCGCCUCCACCACCAACACGGCCGUCUCCACUGCCUCCACCACCUCCCUCCAUCACCUGGACCACAAGCCCGUUGUGGGCAAGCUGGAGUCGUCACCCAAGUGGUCAUCGGCGGCCCCAGCGGCGUCAGCUCCUGGGGGCAGUGGGGCAGGCGGAGCCGGGGGCUGCAGCUCCCCGCUCACCGCACUGGAGCGCCCCUCAUCCUGUCCCUCACCCGUCCCCCUCACCACCCUCACCGCCCACUCCGCCCACUCUCUGAACCACGGCGGCAACGUGGGCGUGCACACCAAUAUGGGCGGGAUGCAGCAGGGCCACCCGCCGCCACCCUUCUCCCUCCUCAACCACACCGUCAACAAUUACAUGCUGCCGGACCCCGCCAAGAGCAACCUCAUCUCGCAGCUCUUCUAACUACCUCCCGCCACCCUCGGCCCCGAGCCCUGGCUCCACUCCCGCCCCCGCCCCGUCCCCGUCCCCACACCGCCGCCAACGUGGGGCCGACACCUGACAGCCUUGCGGCAGCUGACACGCCCAGGACUGUCAGCUCCGACCUGCCACACCGCCCCGCCCCUGGCCGCCCCUUGCCGCUCCUCCCUCCCCCACCCUGACUAGUGGUGGCCACAUUGUGUGUGUGUGUGUGUGUGUGUGUGUGUGUGUGUGUGUGUGUGUGUGUGUGUGUGUGUGUGUGUGUGUGUGCUUGCCAAGGGGCGGAUCGAGGAGGGGGUUCCUGAUCAUCCGGCUGUUGCAAUGGACGGGGUGUCUGACCUUACCCUGUGGGGGCACGUGACAUGCGGGGGGUGGCGCGCCCAGGCUGAGGCGUGCGUCCUUCUGUAUAUACACACACUAAGUCCCCUGCGUGUCACCUGUGUACAUGACUAAGGUGCACAUGUACUCUGUGUAAUAUGCGUGUUUGAGCCAGCUUGUCCCUGGUCUGCGGCUCCCUCAGGCGUGGCGCUAGUGGCCCUGUGCAAACUGACGGAGGAGGAACGAAAGAACUCCUCCAGGUGCGAAAGAAAAGAAGUCACUCUAUUUACUCCUGAACCUCCGUGCUACUACCACCUCUCCUGGCGCUCCUCGACCACGCCACCUCUCCUGCUUGAAACACUACAGUGAAUCAGAAACAAAACAUGAA